GUCCCUGAAGUUAUAAAUGAUAAUGGUUGUGAAUUAACUGAUGCCAAAUCUAUUGCAAAUGCUUUUAAUGGUUUCUUUUCUAAUGUUGGAUGCAAUUUAGCUAAUAAGAUUCCAACAAUUAUGGAUAAAUCUCCAUUUGAAUACUUGAUUCCACCGACUUCUCACGACAGUUUCUUUCUUUCUCCUGCAACAGCAGGUGAAAUUGAGGAAGAAAUUGCUAACCUAAAUUGUUCUAAAGCCACUGGUCCUUUUAGUAUGCCUGUUGUAAUUUUAAAAUUAAUUAUAAAUGUAGUGUCACAACCACUCGUGACCAUAUUUAAUGCCUCGCUUUCAACUGGUAUUGUCUCAACAAGUUUAAAAUUAGCCAAGGUUAUUCCUGUAUUUAAAAAGGGAUUACAGAACUGUUUAAAUAAUUAUCGACCUAUUUCGCUUCUUUCGAUUUUUAAUAAAAUUUUAGAAAAGCUUGUGUAUAAAAGAUUACACCAAUAUCUCGAAAGAAAGGAAAUUUUGUAUUAUAAGCAAUUCGGUUUCCGCACUUCAUAUUCUACUAUUUAUGCAUUACUAAGUAUUGUUGAUAAAAUUAACGAAGCAAUAGAUCAUCGUGAUUAUGCUUGUGGUGUCUUCCUAGAUUUAAGUAAGGCAUUUGACACAGUCAAUCAAGAUAUUUUGAUUAAGAAAUUAGAGUUUUACGGCGUUCGGGGACUUGCUAACAAGUGGUUUUCAUCGUACCUUUGCAAUUGA